AUACUAUCCUCAUCAACCGAUUUCAUUGAACUAGCCGAAGUUCCCUUCGAUGGUGUGGAAUGGUCCUACCAUUAUUUGUAAUUGGCCCAUUUUCUUUUCUGUCGGUUUUCGUACUUUAGGGUUGGGAAGGUAACUAAUACCGUUUUUUUUGUGAUUAUAAAUGUUACCAACGUUGAAAUGCGGUUGUUUAUUUUACGAUCGGACACCGUUCGGACAACAAGUGCAUAUGCAUUGUGCGAGUGGGAUUGAUCAGUUGCAGUUGAAAACGAAUAAGCAGGAGGCUUUCACUUUGUGUGAUUCAGGCGGAACAGGAAUUGUUUGAUGAUAAAAGUGUGUUUGUGAAAAUAAGUACAGAAAUAAAAAUUCUUCGAAGAUUAAUGUGACUGAGAGAUGCUAUCUGUCGUAAAUAUGGGACAUGUAAAAACAGUUCGCCCGGGUGAUGUGUUAUUUUGUUUGCCCGUGAUUUUUGCAACUCUCAGUGUACUAGUGACUCGUGCCGAUCCUGUUCCAGAGCCGGAUCCAGCAAGAAUUCUUGGAAAAUAUAUCUUUUCCUAUCACCCUUCGGAAACCGAUUAUCACCUAUCGCGCCAGCCUUUGGAUACGAGCAACAUGGUUGAGAACGAUGACUAUGACAGCGAACCAUCCGCUAGUCACAGCAGCUACGGACACUCGUAUUCCGGAUCGGAAUCGCCUGGCUACAUGACAUCAUACACCACAUCAACGAAGCAUGGCGAUUCUAGCGGUUUCGAUAGUGACAGUUACGAAGAUAAUGACGAUCGAAAAAAUUACUACACCAGCAGCUCGGCCUACCAGAAAACAAAACCAAUCAUUCCGAUCCUGCAGUCGUACAGCAUUAUUCAUGCCUCCAAAGACAGUUCGGCCAUGAUCAAAAACAGUGACAACUACAACAACAACUACAGCAGCAACGAAAGCGAAGAAGAAGCGGAGUAUGAACAGACUUAUUAUAAGCCUCCGAAAGUGAUUCACACCAAAGCGAAGAUGAUUCCCAUAAGCCAACACGUCGAGGUGGAACGGCCGGUUCCUGUUCCGUAUGUUAAGAAAAUACACGUGCCCAUUCCGAAAGGGGUGCGGAUUCAAAUUCCCCAUCCUGUGCUGGUCCCCGUGCCGCAGCCGUAUCCUGUGCACGUUCCUGUAUCGCAACCAGUGGCGGUACCCGUGAUCAGAGAAAUCACCAUACCGAUUGAAAAAAUCGUCCCGUAUCCGGUGGAGAAGAGGGUUCCUGUUCCCAUCGAGAAACCAGUUCCGUAUCCAGUGGAAAAACAUGUCCCGGUGCACAUACCGCAGCCGUACCCGGUCAAAGUACCAGUAAUAAAAACAAUCGUACACAAGAUGAAACCGCCGCGCACUAUUGGCUUCGGAAGUGUCACAAUCUGACAAAGCCGUUAAGGUCAUAAUUGUUAAGUAAGCUAAAGAGAAAUAAUCGAAUUAUGGAUAUUAUUAUGCAUACCCGGUUCCACUCUGCCGUUAGUGUGCAUCGUUUACCAUUACCGUUAUUGUUGCUAACACGUUUUUCGCUCUUCGCCGCUGUAAGGAAGGCUAUAAGGAAGAAGCGGCGAAAACCAUAACAAACGCGAGCGCGAAUGAAAAUUAAACUGUGAAAAUCUCGCGGAUAUCGCGAAAUUGAAGCCCACACAGAGCAAAACCCAUUAUGGGGAACCUGUGUGUAAAUUUCCACCGUUAGCCAAGCAUUUUAUAUCGUUUACAAUGUGUAAAGCAACAGUUUAAGUGAGCUUGUGAUUACUACGCACAGCAAUAACGGAUCGUACGUUAUUAAUUCAUAGCAUUCCAAUUAUUUUUGAAUCGACGAAAGAGACGAGGAAGCCAAUAGGGGCGUGUGGAAACAAUGUUGAUAUUGUACCUUCCAUAAUUCCUGGUAAAUUUUCUCUCCAAUGUCAAACGAUAGCAGUGCGAUGAGAUAUGGUACGAACUAUGUUGUUUUUAAUUUAUAUUAUUUUAUUCUAUUUGUUUUAGAGACAGCGAUAGCCCAUUUCCAACUUUUGUAUUCUGAAUAUUUUCAUACGCAUGAUAGCUCCAAGUUUUUUUUUGUGUAAAUAGAGUACCUAUACCCAAUAUACCACCUAUUCGUUGUUAGGUUCGUAAAUAUGAGUACCGUAUGU